AUGCAACUUCUCCGAGACAGUUGGACUAUUUUCAAAGACCUCAAGCUUGGAGAUUGGGUAAAGUAUGUCAUGGGAAUGCCAUGCGCGACCAUUAGCUUGUUCGAGGCUUAUCAUAACGAGCUGGGCCUUUCCAUUUUCUCUUUCCUACAACAAUUCCCUGGAGAUAUCGAUAGAUUCCGGGAAGUGACCAAGUCAAUACAACCAGUUGAUCGAUUCCUAUACAAUACUCUCUCACAUGCUCUCAUAACGGUUGAAAAUAAGCGGCCUUUUCAUAAGCUGCCGAUAGAAGCCGGCCAUAUUACUGGUCCCCUAAAGGAACUGCUCGGUCGGCCGGAUAAGGCCAUCAUCCGACGACUUAAGAUCCUCGACGCUCGUUAUGCGCGAUAUAAAAUUGGCAACAAUAUUGCAGGUGGCUUUAAAUUCGAAGUUGAAACAGAUUUCUUCACAGCCGUGAGCGAACUAAAAGCCGCUACCAUAGCCUGGAAAAUGAGUGAAGAUGCGCUGGAAGGUUUUGGUAAAAUCAACAUCCAUGGUUUGCUAUUUCAAGAUGAACAUUUGCGUCAGUUGGCUAUUCAAUGGGAUCGUAUUAAUCAUAAUGUGGAGGAGAUUGCAGCCGCAGGAGGUAUGGAUGACAAUCUGCGAGAAAUUGCGUGGCACCUGUAUCACUUGAGAAACUACUUCUGUCUCUGUGCCGUCCUCAGCGGAAUGGCGCAAGCACAGCUUCAAGUCGAAAGCACCCUCACUGCAUUCAUCGAUGUGAAGGAAAAUUAUCGCCAAUACCGACUACAGCUACAUAUCGAGCCCUCACUUCCAUUCUUAUUCCCAUUUAUUGUGGAGCUGCGGAGAGGACGACGUGAAGUUCUAAGAGAUUUAUUCAGUUUCCUUUCAUACGAGCAAUUCUUACGGGGCGUAGAAGGCUCCUCCAGUCGUGCAGUUUGA